GCUUCGGAUGGAUUUCUCGUCGAGUGUGUCUGCGAAGUGGCUGUGAAGAACGAACACGGUCCAAUGAACAGGAUUGUCUGGAAUGAGGGCGCAGGAAUGAAUGCACGGUGGUGGUUUUUUUGUCGGCGGGGUGAACGGGGUGGAUGUCACGAUGAUGAUGAUGAUGGUAUGGGAACGAUUCCUCCCUCUCUCUCUCUCUCUCUCUAAAUUUCCUUUAUUCCUUCCUCUCUCUGUCGUCUCACGAGCAAACGCGGGAUUUCCUCACGCUGUGGUUUCUCGGCUGCCUCGUUUCUCGUUACAUCUCUCUCUCUCUCUCUCUCUCUCUCUCUCUCUCUCUCUCUGGCUCUCUCAUCUGUUGUCUCUUUUUUUUCUCUUUCUUCUAUCAAUUAGCAUAUCCACCAUCAGCGAUUUCGAAUUAAAAACGUAUGUUAUGUUCGUCGAUGACGACGCCUCCUCCUCCUCCUUCUUCUCCAUCUUCUCCUUCGUCCCCUUCUUCUUCCUGCUCCAUUCUCCGUCCAAUCAACUAAAAACAUCAUCGAUUCCCCCUUUGGCCUUCGUUCUCCGCGAAGAGAGAUAACAACAACAACAACCGAAAACAACAUCCAUGGUUUUUUCCAUCCAGAAAUCCAGAGCCGCAAGGCAACAGGAGAACAAAGGGAUUCCGCCCUGCGCGCGCUCCUCCUAUCCGGUCAUUCCUCGUUUUCCUCGUUCGCCUCGUUUUCCUCCCGUGCUGCGGAAUCCCCCGACGCGUUUCCUCUUCUUCUUACACAAACCCACGCGCGUUUUCUUUUUGGAAGGACCCGCACGUGCGCUGCUGGACGCGAAUCGUCCCGAUCGAUGGCGUUUGUUGCGGCGUCCUGUGGAGACGGGGCGGGAGUCGGCGUGGGAGGUAGGUGG